AUGCGUGUCUUUGGGACUAUGGGAUUCAAUACAUCAGAUACGCCUCGGCCCAAGCUGGGAGAUGUUCCAUACGGGACGAAGAUAUUCAAUUGCAAAGUGGAAAAUACGCUGGCCCUCACAUACGAUGAUGGUCCCCGGGAGUGGACAGCAGAUUUGCUGGACAUCCUGAAGGCCAACGGCGUCAAAGCGACGUUCUAUAUCAGAACAAUUAACCUGUACUGGGAGCUGAUAGCUCACAAGUUCGACGAGAGGUCUGCGCUUAUUAGAAGAAUAUACAAGGAAGGACACCAGAUUGCGGGGCAUACCUGGGGCCACAAGGACUUGGACAAGAUGACUCCGCACCAACGCAGAGACGAACAGAUAAAAGCAGAGAUUGUCCUCAACGACAUCCUAGGCUUUUUCCCGACCUACAUGCGCCCGCCCUUCAACAUCUGCGGCCCUGAAUGCCAGGCCGAAAUGGGAGAGCUCGGCUACCAUGUGACUGCAGCCGACCUUGAUGGACGAGACUGGGCAGGUAAUUACACCUAUACGGAAGAGAAUUUCAUGGAGAAGAUCAAGGGCAAGAACCGUAACGGGGUUCGGGCCUGGUUGGGCCUGGCGCACGACACCCACGAAGGUACCGUGCAUAGAUACACACAGUUCAUGAUUGACAACGCACGGGCGCAUGGAUACAAGCUGGUGAGAGUAGGGGAAUGCUUGGAUGACCCAGAGGAGAACUGGUAUCGGGACCCUUUGACGGGUGACAGGCCUGUCGAAAUGCCUCCAAGAGACAUGCUGUGA